AUGUUUGACUCUCCUGUUGCUCAGCUCUGCGCUGUAGACGACCAUGCAAGUGCUUUUGGGGGCAGGGUCUUCUGGGGCGCUGCAUCUGACGCUGCCGCCUCCCUCUUUGCAGUGCCGGGCCUGGAGCUUUCUCGGUGCACCUCCGUCCAUUCCCUGGGGGGGGCCCUCUCGUGGCAGACGGGGGGUGCCUGCCAGAUGAAGAGGGUCCGCACAGUCUUUACGCAGGAGCAGCUGGAGCGGCUGGAGAAGGAGUUCCUCAAGCAGCAUUACAUGGUGGGCACGGAGCGGGUGGACCUGGCUGCCACGCUGCACCUCACGGAGACCCAGGUGAAGGUGUGGUUCCAGAACAGACGAAUUAAGUGGCGGAAGCAGAGCUUGGAGCAGAAGGCCGCAAAGCUGUCUCAGUUUGGCGUGACACAGCCGACCUCCACCGAGCAGCCCGAAGGGUGGGACAGCAAAGAAGACCCCUUGGAGGUUGAAGCCUAG